UGUCAGACCAGUAAAAUCUCAGAAGGUAACGAAGAGUCAAAGGGAUGCCCAAUCAUCAUCGUUCUUCCAUUAGACCAUGCUUUCCAUAUGCCCAUACAGGCGUAAUCUUAUAAUAUUAUGUGUCCUACUAGUACACAUACUCGACGUUAGCUGUGGACCUCGCUAUAGUUCCAGAAUAGUGGAUAUCCAGACAGGAGCGAUUCGAGGAAUAAUCCUGGAACUCAAUUCCAGACAUUUGGAACCCGUCGAGGUUUUUCGAGGAGUACCGUACGCAGCUCCACCGGUUGGGCCGCUAAGGUUCCGCUCCCCAAAACCUCCCCUUCCCUGGCCCGGUACUCGUCUGGCUGAUAGUUUCGGUGCUGCCUGUCCCCAAAAGUACCCGGAUGUGAGUAACAGAACGGCAGCUCUUCAGUACAUGCCAAAAGGUCGUUAUCAAUACCUUAAAAAGUUGGUGCCGCUCUUGGUUAACCAAUCGGAGGACUGCUUGUUCCUGAAUAUCUACGUUCCAGGAAGUGAAAUGGCCAAGAGAUUUUUCAAGGAACCCUUGCCAUUUACGCUGAUUGGGAUGACAGAACAGGAACUGUACAAUGAAAUAAACCUGGAAGUUGAUGCUACGGAGGAUUAUGCAGAUAUACCUUCUGAUAUUGGGUCUGAAAAUGAUAGUGAUGGGGAUGACUGCGAAAUUACCAAUGCAGAAGCUGAAUUCAAUUUUGAUGGUGAUAACAUAAUGCUGUCGAAUAAAGAAGAUGAGACAUCGUUACCCAUGGAUACAUGGGACCCAGAAGAUUUGCUACCCCUAUCACAGUUGAAGGCAAUGAGGAAGAUACAAUGGUGCAAAAUGGAUAAGAUCACUCCACCAGAAGAUUUCAAAGAACCUUUCGGUGUUGCUCAAGAUAUCAAGGAUUUGAGUAAUCCAUCACCUUACACUCUUUCCU